GACAUUUUAACAAUAUUUGUUCUUCUAAUCCAGGAGCAUGGAAUGUUUUUCCAUUGUGUGUGUGUGUGUGUGGAAAUACACUGUGAUCUUGCCUGUUUUGGGGGGUGUAUGUGGGAAGAAAUGUCUCUGUGUGGCUUCCCAGGGGUAAAAUCUUUGCCAAGCAGUGCCCCGUACGGGCAGUCCACGCCAGCACAGAGGGCUUCGCAGACGUGAAAAGCUGGAAGAUCUUCAGGCUUUGUGGUGAAGUGAGAGGAACGUGCUAUUUUAGAUCUUAUGAAUGGGUAAGAGUCUUUAUGACUUUCAACCGGAUGUGCUUAGUUCUGUGUGUCUGCUCUGAAACCAAGACAAAGGAGGAUAUGGGAUGAUCCAGAAUUUGGUUUUAUUUUAAAUGUUUAUUUACUUUUGAGAGAGCGCGCGAGUGAGGGAGGAGCAGAAAGAGGGGGGGAAGAGACUCCUAAGAAGGCUCCUUGCUGCCAACGUGGGGCUCGAACUCAUGACAAAGCAUGAGAUCAUGACCUGAGCCGAGAUCAAGAGUCAGAUGCUCCGCCAACUGGGUCACCCAGGUGCCCCUCCUAACUUGUUUUGAAUAAACCCGUGGUGAGCACGUCAGUUCUGUUUCUUGCACAACAGGAUACAGGCUUUUCAAAAACCACAUAAGAGCCUAUAUUUCUCUCAACGAGACAAAGAGGUUAACGAUAGUGAGUAAAGUCAUUAUCCAGGGAGUGAUGUGGGAUUUUAUAGCCAAAUGUAAUCAAGCACAGAAUCAAAUCAAAUGGCUGUGUUUUUGUUGUCCUCAUCAAUUCCUCCCAGAAACAGCUGUUUUAAUUUUGCUUUCCUCAAAGGGAAGGUCUGGGUUUUACAAGUCGGGAGUUGAAAUCAAGCUUUCUUAGUGGGGCCAACAGACUGGCCUUUAGGGUACACUGGUCUCGGAGUCCCAAGGUCUACAUGGAUUGGUGGUUGGACAGGUCGGCGAUGUCAUGCUAAGGAUGUUUGCUGGUACAUGUGUAUUGUUGCGUAUUGAUCACAACAAAAGAGACAAUUACUUUGGAUCUGGCGAAGUAAAUGAGCUACCACCCCACGUCUCCUCUGGAUGACUACCUAACCUUCAACCUCCCAGAACUUUUCUGUGAGAAAAACAACGUCCGGCAGUUUGUGAGUUACUUCCUCCCGCCCUUGUACUGGCUCGUGUUCUUCGUGGGCAUCCUGGGCAACGGCCUGGUCAUCCUCGUCUACUGGUACUGCACGAGAGUGAAGACCAUGACUGACACCUUCCUUCUGAAUCUGGCGAUCGCUGACCUUCUCUUCCUCGUCACGCUUCCUUUCUGGGCCAUUGCCGCUGCGGACCAGUGGAGGUUCCACACCUUCCUGUGCAAGGUGGUCAACAGCAUGUACAAAAUGAACUUCUACAGCUGCGUGCUGCUGAUCAUGUGCAUCAGUGUGGACAGGUACAUCGCCAUCGCUCAGGCCACGAGAGCGCAGACCUGGAGGCAGAAAAGGCUCGUGUACAGCAAAAUGGUCUGCCUGGCUGUCUGGGUGCUGGCGGCCACACUCUGCAUCCCCGAAAUCCUGUACAGUCAACUCAAGAAGGAAUCCGACAUUACCAUCUGCACCAUGGUCUACCCUAGUGACGAGAGCACCAAAGUGAAGUCGGCGGUCUUGACUCUGAAGGUCGUGCUGGGCUUCUUCCUUCCUUUCGUGGUCAUGGCUUGCUGCUAUACCAUCAUCAUCCACACUCUGUUACAAGCCAAGAAGUCAUCCAAGCACAAGGCCCUGAAGGUGACCAUCACCGUCCUCACGGUCUUCUUCCUGUCUCAGUUCCCCUACAACUGCAUUCUGCUGGUGCAGACCAUCGACGCCUACACCACGUUCAUUUCCAGCUGCGCCAUUUCCACCAAUAUUGACAUCUGCUUCCAGGUCACUCAAACCAUCGCCUUCUUCCACAGUUGCCUGAACCCCGUGCUCUAUGUUUUUGUGGGCGAGAGAUUCCGCCGGGAUCUUAUGAGGACCCUGAAGAGCUUGGGCUGCAUCAGCCAGGCACAGUGGGUCUCGUUCAGGAGGAGAGUGGGGAGCGUGAGGCUGUCGUCCAUGCUGCUGGAGACGACUUCGGGAGCGCUCUCCUACUGAGGGGUCUUGGCUCCGACGUGGAUGGCUCUCUCUGAAAUAAUGAGAGAUACCAGUACAGCUUCCCGACUGAUGGGACCAGAGGGAAACCAUUAAAGAAAAAGAAAAAGGAAGGGGGGGGAGAGAAAAAUCCCAGAAAGGGAUGAAUUUGGACAAUUACUUUAGUUGGAAUUUCCAAGCCAGAGUUUUCUACAUGGACUGGCUGUCCCACGGGACUGUUGAUUGGCUCUUGGCUACAAUGCACACAAUGUUCAAAGGAGGACCAACAGACAGCUCUUCAGACCAGCCUGGUUUCGUCCCUUGCCUGAGCAUUAAUGCAGCUGGAUGGCGUUCGAUGUUCCCAGCACACUGUGGAUGGCUGUGGCUUCAGUGCUGAAGCCAUCCCGUCCCCAAGGAGACACAGGAGCACUGGCCACUGCCACCAAGAGGCCACAAAAGCACAAGGUUUCCUGAAAACUUCCAUCUUGGGGGGAAUUUCUACCAUGACUUUGGGGCUUGGUGCCCAUGCCAGGUCUUCUAGAUUCUUGAUCUAGAAUCUUUUCAAACAACCUCAGAUCUUCUCCUCUGGUCUCCUUGAUCUGUUCUGGGCCAGGGAGGGACCCUGUCUGUGCCUCUUUUGAGCUCAGUGAGCCCUGGACGACUAGUCAUACCGGCACACCGUCCCACGGUCUUGGGACUCCGGGGGUUCUGGGACUCCACAGAGUCUCCACAAGGACUCUGCAUGUCCACUCAUGUCACGGGGUUGGUCAGCCUGUGCGGGGACUCUGAGCACCCGAGGGCCCUGCCUCUGUUGUGGGCUCAGUCUGCCAGGUAACUUUUGGGAUGGUCCAUUUUUCCGCUUCCCGUAAAAUGGUUUGGAUUUACAGACCCUCUUGUUUCGCAGGCAGCUGGAAGGGUACCUGCCUUCACGCUGCUCCUUUUCUGACUGUAUAGCACUCACAUGUUCAAAAACUUUCCUUUUAGAGAUUAGGCUGGAAAAAAGGAAUAGAACUCGCUUUUGCUUUGUGUCUUUUAACUAUCUGGCUAACACAUUUGAAACCAUUUUAUAGGGGUGCCUGGGUGGCUCAGUCGGUUGAGCAUCCCACUUUGGGUCAGGUCAUGAUCU